AUGCAGGCUCCACAUCCCCACGAUUUUUUCCCCGAAAAAUCGGACAGUGAAUUGCAAGAUCUUAAUGAGAGAGUUCUCGCAUCUAUGGCAUAUCGUCGUUCUCUCUUCGGGUCACAACAUUCUACCACAAUCCUGGAAGAAAACCCUGAUGAGCGCUAUAACAAUCCACCAAAGCCAAGUUCAACUUCAUCGAUCUCAACUCACCAACGAUCUGGGCGAUCUAGUGCUCAAUCGGAUGCCGAACUUUUUAGUGAUGCUACUUCUGUUGAUUCGAAUGAGUGGCGCUCCGCCGGAACCCCACACGGCUUUGAGACUGGUCUUAAUCUCGAUCACCCGAUGAAUACUUGGCCGGAUGUUCCUCCACCAGAUAAUGGUAUCGCUUACAACCCACUGCAUUCGCAGGAAGCCUUGCGGCUCAGUGAAGAGCGGACACCUACUGCAACUCGCGACCAAAUAUUACGACCUGGAAGAGGAACUCGUCCAGGCAAUUGCAAUCGGUUUUGCACAUAUUGUUUCGAGCGCGCUAUAUACAUCUCGUUUGGCACAAAACAUGACUGGAAGAGACACGAGGAUGUAUUCCAUGAGACCGGGUUUGAAUGGCACUGCUGUGCCCCGAGCUGCUCUCGGAUUUUGGAAUGUGAGCAGUAUUUGAAGAGACAUUUCAAGGAUGAUCACCGAGGCCAACCCGUAUCUUUUAAGAAGAUUAGUUUACCGCCCAAGCGAAUUUACGCCUGUGGGUUUGAGAACUGCAGAAAGAUUACCCAGAGCUGGACAGCCCGCUGCAACGAUGUUCAUUCAUGCAUGCAAGAGGCAGGUGCCGUAUGGAGUUACACCCGGAAAAUGCUUAAUUUGUUAAGAUACCCUGAGGUCUGCACCCUUUGGAAAGAGGUUAGAUCUCAUUGGUGUGAGAAAGUAGGCAUUGAUGCGUCUCAGCUGCGAUGGGAUCCGGACACUUCGCAUAACCUCAGGAUCCAGCUGGAGUGUCUUGACUUUGGAGGUGAUUUGCGAGACUUUCUGGAAAGGGUUUUCAAGGCUGGGGUUCCCAAGGGCAAUGAGCAGCGCUCAGACCUAUUUACCGCCUCUCCCUCGCCCUUGAAUGCUCCGUACCCUCCCAUGGACACCUUCGGCACUGCUCCCGCUGUAUUUGGCCAAGAACUACACUUCGAGCCAUUGCUCCCACAAUUCUCCGAGAGCCACAUCCCUUCCACUGCCGAGGUCCUCUAUCCCUCGAGCACAUAUGCGUCCCAUCCACCCCAACACCGAAAUAGUGUCGUGAUGCUCGACGCUCCUCAAAACCCAAGUGAAAGGCCACAGAACGAUCGAAGCCUCGUCCCAUCCGAUCAAGAAGAUAUGUUAAGCUGGCAAGAGUUCUUGUAUACACAUGAAUACUGUACCAAUACCACACCGCCGCUUUCCGGGCCGCCUACCGAGCCUAGCACUACAAGGCCUUCUCCGAGCCGGACUCUCAGACGAAGGAGCAGGAGUUGGAGUUGGCUUUCGAGUAGGCGAACUCAACAAGUCCAUCAACCGAUUGUUACCAGUCAUCCUGAUCUCGCCUUAAACUAUCGGCUUCCCACCUCUACACCUAGGAGCUAA